CAGAGUUGUUCUGGAUAGGAGAGUGUAUAGUUGUGAGGUAUUUUGAGGUGACUUUAGACUUAUUGCAAAUAUAAUUAAUAUGUUCCUUCCAUGACAAAUGUUCGUCUAUAUAUACUCCUAAAAAAUUUAUGUAUUGUAAAAAUGGGUGAUCAUUUGAUUGUUAUAUUGGAUAACUAGAUUUAAAUUAAUUUUCUUUUGUCUCGGCCGAAAAAUGAUAUAGUUUGUUUUACUGAUGUUCACAGACAAUUUAUUUGACUUCAUUCAGAUAUCCAGCUUUCGAAGUUCACUGUUCAAAACAAAUUCAAGUUGCUUGAUAUCCGAAUUUGAAUAAUAUAUACUAGUGUCAUCAGCAAAAAGAUAAGAUUUUGGUAGUUCUAAUGCAUUCGGUAGAUCUUUGAUAUAUAAAAUAAAAAAUAAUGGGCCUAAAAUAGAACCUUGCGGAACUCCACAUUUUAAUUUUUCCAUGGAGGAACAGGUUUCAUUAUAUUGAACAAAUUGUUCACGAUUGCAGAAAUAGCUCUUGAUCCAUUGGAGUGCAACGCCUCUUAUACCAUAAUGUUGUAAUUUAGUAAAUAAUAUUUCAUGAUCUAAAGUAUCAAAAGCCUUUGAAAGAUCAAUGAACACUCCAGCAGCUAUCUGGUUCUGAUCAAUGGCCGUGGCAACGUUAUUUAUUAGAGAAACAAGUGAAUGCAUAGUGGUUACUGCGAAAACCAAACUGAAAUCUAUACAAAAUUUCACAUUGCUCAAUGAAUGAUGUUAACCUGAUUUGCAUAACUUUUUCAAAUAACUUUGAAAAGUUUGUCAGGAAUGAUAUAGGUCUAUAGUUUGUAAAGAAACUUUGAUUUCCAGUUUUAAAAAUUGGUAUAAUUUUAGCGAUCUUUAGUUUACUUGGAAAGACCCCUUUGGAUAAAGAGAGAUUUAUAAUAUUAACAAGAGGUUGUACUAUUAGGUCAAUAGAUUUUUUGAUUACAUACAUGGAUAGAUUAUCAUAACCAGGAGCUUUAGCUGUUUUAAAAGAGUUACAGAUUUCUAAAAGCUCAAUUACAUUUGUUGGAUGAAGUGAAAUAGAUUCUUUGCUAUUUGAAUUUAGGAAAGAAAGAAAAGAGUUUGAAGUCUCAGGAAUCUUACUUGCAAGAUCAGGGCCAAUGUUAGCGAAAUAUUUGCAAAACCUGUUAGCAAUGUCUUUAGGAUCAGAGAGAAGGGUGUUAUUUGAUAUAAACGAGGAAGGCAGUGAGGUUUUUGUUCUACGUUUAUUAAUUACUUCGUUUAUUAGCUUCCAAGUUGUUUUGUGAUCGUUUUUUGCAGUUUCAAAUUUAUUCUCAUAAUAUGUUUUCUUAGCAAUCUUAAUCAAAUGAGUAAGCUUGUUUUUGUAUUUCUUGUAUUGUCUUUCUUUGACAUGCAGGACUUCGUGAAAUAAUGAACUUUUUAUAGAGUUUAUUCUUUUUCCUAACACAGGUUAAUAGCCCUCUUGUCAUCCAAGGUGUUAAUGGUUUGUUCGAGUUUUUUGCUCUGACUGAUUUAGAAGGAAAGCUAAGAUCAUAUAAUCUAGAAAAUUCAUACUGAAAAGCAUCGAACGCACUGCCUGCAUCUUGAUUAGGGAGAUUUUCCCAAUUGACAUUAGUAAGAUGUGAACGAAAUUUGGUAAUAUUGCUAUCGCAAAAGUCCCUAAAUAUGGUCUUUUCAGCACUUUUGCGAGGGGGAGGAGUUUCUGUAAAGACAUAAACAAAGACCGGUAAAUGAUCUGACAGGUCAUUAAUAAUAAUUCCACUGAAUAAAUUUUGUGUCAAAUGGUUGGUAAAAAUAUUGUCAAUAAGCGUUGCCGAAUGUGCUGUGAUGCGCGUCGGCAUAAUUAAGGCGGUUUUCCACUAGGCGAAAUUUUUCGACCGAAUCGAAAUUUCUCUUUGUUUCAUGAGCUCUCAAGCAGAACUAAAGGCGGUUUUCCACUAGGCGAAAUUUUUCGACCGAAUCGAAAUUUCUCUUUGUUUCAUGAGCUCUCGAGCAGAACUAAUUGUAAAAAGACAAAGAGAAAUUUCGUUUCGGUCGAAAAAUUCCGCCUCGUGGAAUCCGGCCUUAAAGGCCUGAUUCCACGAGGCGGAAUUUUUCGACCGAAACGAAAUUUCUCUUUGUCUUUUUACAAUUAGUUCUGCUUGAGAGCUCAUGAAACAAAGAGAAAUUUCGAUUCGGUCGAAAAAUUUCGCCUAGUGGAAAACCGCCUUAAUUGUAAAAAGACAAAGAAAAAUUUCGUUUCGGUCGAAAAAUUCCGCUUCGUGGAAUCAGGCCUUUACUAAAGGAAAGUACAUAUGUGAAAACAGAUUUUCGACGAAUUCAUUAGUUGCGGAAUGCGCGUUUAAGCAGUACAUAUCUAUGUUAUAAUCUCCCAUUAUGUAACAGUGCUUGUUGUUUUUUGAAAUGGUAGAAAGAAUUUCAUUAAACUUAUCCAAAAAUAAAGAUAAAUUUUGGUUUGGUGAUCGAUAAACUACACCAACUACAAUGUUCUUGCUAUUUGGUACGAAUAUUUCAACAAACAACGACUCAAUCAUAUUUGGAUCUGAAAAGUUACACUACGAGCAUAUUCGGUAUUCAAGAUCAUUCCGCAAGUACAAACCCACCCCACCGCCGGACCUCGCAGUUCUAUGACAGGACAAAAAGUUAUAUCCAGGGAGAUAACUCUGUCUGAUGUAGUAUCAUUCAACCAGGUUUCAGAGAUACCUAUUGCAGUGAAAGAUUGGCGACUAUUUGCUGCAAGAGAUUUUAGAUCAUCAAAGCUACUGAGCAAACUACGAGCAUUUACAUGCAGGAGCGAAAAGCUAGCAUUUUCUUGUUUUGAUUCAAGGUUGCGUUGACCUCGUCCUGAACCAUAUAACUGCUGGUAGGAGAAAGCGCGGAAAAAUUAACUGAAUUCGGAUCUAGAUUCUGCGUUAGGUGAUCUAAAUGAGAUUCGUCAAUUGGAUUGAAUAAUAAGGUAUCGAGGCGGUCCGCAUCAAAGUGCAGUGGACCAUGAGCCAUUUCGUACAAUGCAAUAUUAAAAGAACAAUCAUCUAGGUGAUUAAAAGGGAGAACUGUCAGGGAAUUUUGAUUUAUGUUACAGGGCAUGUUAAAAUUUUUUAACACCAUUAAAUGAACUUAUCUUGUUUAUGACAGAUUUAAUCCUUCUAGAUCACUUAAAUUGUUGAUGAAAAUAUGACGACUCUCUUCAUUCUUUCUUAGGUAUAUUUUAGCGUUUUUACCCAACAAAACUUGAAGUUAUGCUGUUUUGAGAACCGUUUAGCUUCGGCGAGAAGAUUUUGUGCUUUCGGCGUAAGAUGUUCCAUGACCAAAACAUUACAAAGGGAAGCGUCUGACGAGAGGCCCAAGGCUUCAGAUUUUACUUUACUCGCUUCUUUUCGUUGUCGAAUAACUUCAUCUUUGACCACUCUUCGAACGAAUUUACAGACGAUAGGUUUCGGGCCUGUAGCGAAUGCAUUUCUGUGCGGGACUCGAUGUGCUAUAUCGAUAUCGUGGGCUUUUACUUCUACACCCAUUCCGUUAAAUAGUCGAACGCAUAACUCAGUCGACGUGGCAGCUGUUUCUCUUUCAUUACAUUCGGGAACACCGAGAAGUUUGACGUUGUACUGAUAACUGUACUUUUGAAUAUCAUCAAUGGCAUCUGAAAGUUUAUCUGAUUUUUUUGCCACUCCUUCGAGACGUUUAUUUAGUUGUUUGAAUUCUUUCUCGGCAAACUCACGGAAGCGACUCAUAUCGUCGACUUGGUUUCCGAGGAAGUUAAGGCUUUUUUCUGCCUCGCUAUCCGAUAGAUUGACGGGCUUAUCGUUGCAAACACGCGGCAAUUUGGCGAGUUUCUUGUCCAUAGCUUCUUGAAAAGAUUUGAAAUCUUUCUGUAGGAUUACGAUUUGACUUUUAAUUAAGUGAAUCGUUUUCUAUCUUAAGAGAUUUGAUAGUCUCAGGCAUUUCAGAAUUCGUUAUUGACGGAGCAAAAAAUACACGUCCGUCCUGGCUGAGCACUUGCUCAUUCAAAUUAUCUCACGUUCUACCGUGAAUUGGAUGGACGGCUCAAUAUAAUUUAAAUGUUGCAGCAGAAUAUCGAUUUCAUUUCUAGAAACCGCAGAGAUGACAUCAUCGACGAAACGUUUCCAAAACGAUAGAGAUACCGGAACAGAGGCUAAAGCUCUUUGUUUGACAUCUUCCAUUACUAAAUUAGCAAUUGGUGCCGAUACUGCUGACCCCAUCGCUGUUCCAAAAACCUGUUGAUAAUAACAGCCCUCAAACACAUAGUAUGUGGUGUUGAGACAAAAAGACAGAAGAUCAAUAAUAUCUUCUACAGGCAAGGAUGUUCUUUGUAACAAAGUGGCAUCCUGUCUUAGUCUUUUUGUUGCAACCUUGAUGGCAAGAUCAACUGGGAUGUUUGUAAACAAGGAAACGACAUCAAAUGAUACCAACACAUGAUCUGCUUUAAGAGUUUUACCUCUUACAAAUUCUGCAAAAUGACAGGAUUUUUUUACAGUGUUUUCGGUAUUCCCCACCACAGGGGACAAAAUUUUCGCCAGAGAACUUGAAACUCCAUAUGUAGGAGAAUUCACAAAGGACACAAUAGGUCUCAAUGGAAUUUCCGGUUUAUGGAUUUUCGGUAAACCAUAGAAACGCGGAGAUAGUCCAUCACUGCUGUAUAACUUUUCAUAUGUAGCCUUACUGAUAAUAUUGGAUUUCUUCAAAAGAAGUAACUUGGCGUUUAAACCUCUUUGAGUCUUUCCAGUAGAAUCAGACUUGAGAAUAGAAUACGUAUUUCUGUUUAUUCAACAGUAUUCUUAGAUAUGAAUAAUUAUAUUUUAUUAAAAAAUUUAAAAAGACUUAUACAGCCAGUCACAAAAUAUUCUAAAAUUCCGUCCCAAACGUUUCGCCGGCGAGGGCUUAUUUAGUGCAUGCAGGGAACGUCAAUAUACUGUAAAUAUAUUAGAGUUAGGGACCCUCAGCUGUAUGCGUCUCUUCCUGCAGUAAUUGGGUUUUCCUGUAUUAAUUUGUUGUAUGUUUCCGUCGAAUUGCGAAAGAGACAUGUUGAUAUUAAAAUUAAAUAAACCACUCUUUAUAUUUCAGAUAAGUGAUGCUGUUUGAAAGCCUUACGUCGCUCAUUCUUAUUUAUGUUAUAUGGUAUGUGGUCAAAACAUAUCUAGAGAACCGAAAUCUGCCACCUGGUCCUUUCCCUCUUCCCAUAAUUGGAAAUAUUCAUCAAAUAGGACUCAAUCCACCGAUUACCAUGACUGCACUCAGCGAGAAAUACCCACAUGUGUUGAAGCUUAAAUUUCCAAUAGGAAAUGUUGUCAUUUUGAAUAGCCCAGAAGCAGCAGAAGAGGCACUGGUGACAAAAAAGGGUGACUUUGCUGGCAGACCGAUACAGGACUUCUAUCCUUCCGAUCUUGUUUUAGAAGGCAGAGAUAUUGUCAGUGCUGAUUAUGGUCCACUUCUAACGUUCCGUCUUAAAAUUUUCAAAUCGGCUUUGCACGCUUUCGGAGAAGGAGCAAAGGAGGUUGAACACCGAUUGCAUGAAACAAUAGAUGUUCUCCUGAAACAAUUCGAGGAAACGGAAGGACGUCCCUUUCGCUCUAGAACAUACAUAGCUGCUGCAAUAACGAUUCAGUUGUGGGAAUGGCUGUCCUCCGCUACGUUAUCUUAUUCCGAUCCAAAAUUGCAUAAGAUAAUGGAUUUCAACGAUACGUUCGUUAAUCUUGCCAGCCAAGGUAGUUUUAUUCAACUAUUUCCGUUGUUGAGGUACCUACCAACCGAGUUCUCUAGAAGGCUGAAGGAACUACUCAAAACAAGAGACGAGCUGUUCGGGGAGUUGUUGGAACACCACAAGAAAACCUUCCAAAAUGGCGUAGUUCGUGACAUUACUGAUGGCUUGUUGGAGGCAUAUGAUAAUGAAAAGGAAAAGCAUGAAAGCAAAGAUAUUGGAUGUAAUGAUGAUAUAAAGUAUAUGAUGAUGGACGUGAUUACUGCGGGCUCGGACAGCAGUAUUUCACUCACCGACUGGUUCAUCCUUAAUAUGGUUUUAAAGGAAGAUAUCCAAGAGAAAGUCCAACAAGAACUGGAUAAAUGUAUAGACGGAAAUGGCUUACCACACUUCGAUGAUGCUAAGAAUUUUCCCUAUUUACACGCCGUCAUAUGCGAGGUGAUGCGUACUACAGCGUCAACGCCUUUCUUGCUUCCUCACCGCACAACGCGUGACACAAGUGUCAUGGGUUACCCGGUACCAAAGAAAACUACAGUGUUUGUGAAUCAAUACCGCAUUCACUACGAUUCUAAGGCGUGGGAUGAACCACAAGCGUUCAAACCGGAGCGAUUCCUGGACGGUGAUGGAAAUUUCGUGGGAUGGAAUAUGUUUACAGCCUUUAUGCCGUUCGGACUCGGUCGUAGAGCGUGUCCCGGCCAGAAUUUGGCAAAAUUGCAAGUGUUUGCUGUUUUGUCCGGUUUAUUUUACCAUUUCAAAUUUAAGUUAGCCGACAACCAGCCUAUGCCGAAUUUAGAUGAUAAUAUUCCCGGAGCAAUACGAAACCCGUUGGAUUAUAAAAUUGUUGCUAUUAAACGACAUUGAUACCGUGCAAGAACAUUUCUUACAUAACUGUACACUAUGUUCGGACUGGAUAACUUGCUUCCCAUAGAAUUAGACACUAGUAAAAGUACUAGCUAUACCAUAGACAUAGAUGAGUUGCUUUAUUAAUUUUACUUCAACGUUAUAAUACACGUUUAUAUUAACUGGAAAUUACACCUAGUCUAUUGUAAUGAAAUGAUAUUAUGUCACACCGCGAUUAUUUAGGUUUAAUAUUUUCAAUCAGGGCCUAUCAGAGAAAUUUGGGGGCCUGGGGCAAAAUGUUUUUUCCGUCCCCCCUCUGAUAGACCCUGUUUUCAAUAGUUCAACCUUACCGGUUAUUCUCUUUUACGCAAUGGCCUCGUUUUCAUGUGAAAUACUUACUCAUGUUUUGUGCUUAGUAGGGUUGAAAAUACUUUGUU